AUGUCAGACUCUGGUAAUACCACUGACAGGGAGUCUAUACCCACGGAGGCGACUCAACAUGAGCCUGAAUCUCUCACUCAGCUUAAAAGAAGCCUAUUUAUUACCGACCCUACGACUGAGUUUGCUGAGCAGUCACAUUUGUCGUAUCUUAUACCGGAGAAUACAGAUUUAGAUUUGGAAGCAGCUUUUAAGGAUGUUGAGCCUGGGAAGUCAAUACUUGAUUCAAUCAAACGCAGGGAUACAUUGUUCUUCGACGAGACGGUAAAUGUUCUUUUACUUCUCAGAAGUCCCUGGAAAGAUGAAACAUCACUCCGUACUCACCUCAAUCGGCUAGUGAUAUCAGUCGAAGCCCAGAUCGUCAAUAGCAAAACCCAUGGCAAGGAGAACUCUACGGCAGAUACCAUCUUCUCAGGUACAGUCCCAGAUGUUGAUGAUCCUUUCAUUAUCGUCGACGGGGGGGAUGAGGACGAAGAAGAAGAAAAGGAAGAAGAGGACAGUGACGAAAGUGAAGAAAGCGGUGAUGAUGCCAGCCUAAGCCAAAGUGUUUUUGCUGUAUGGAAGUUACCCGUCUUUUUGAGUCGACCUCGUACGCGAAUCUCGGCACCAGCUAUCAUCUUCACCGCAUCCGCGAGCAUGAAGCCUGAGGUUUCAACUGACCUCAUUGGAAAGGGGAGUGGCUACCUUCAGAGCGGUGUGCCCUCUGGUUUUAACCUACUCGAGUCUUUUGGAAGCGAUGCUGCACUUGGCGGAGUGAAGCCUCGGUUAUCUGCGCUGCGAGUAUCAAGAGUUACGCCCGUUACGCGCUCACAAGAUGUCACGAAGCAUAUACGAGCUCUGCCUCAGGUCCAGCACAAGAUCUUUCCUGUCGUCCACACGAGAAUCCGAUUUUCAAGGCCGACUACAGCACCGACCAGCUCAGCCGUGAUCGCACUGCUCGAAGUUGACUUUACAUCUCAUUUCGAAUGCGAGGUAUCAUUAGAUCAAAUCGAACUUUCAAUUCUCGACGCUACUGUCGAGAACCUCAACAAUGACGCGGGCAUGCAGCUACCUCUUACCUGCGUGUCUCACGAUCAUAUUACGUUCCUCUAUCGCAUUGCUCCCCGUCAGCACGACGUUACAGUCAAAAACCCCAUGCGGGAACUGGACAUUAAAAUCUCUGCUACUGCGCAGGUUAUACCGGGCCGCUGCACGCCCAGUAUGAACAUGUCAUGGUCUACGCAGCUUGACUUUACUCUUCCAGUCAAUCCUGGCUAUGGAUCGGCAACUGCUGGAACUGGCAUUGUCCGCGCCCAUAGACCAUCGCAACUUUCUAUCACAGGCCAAGCAGUAAAUCCCCUGGUGUCGCCCUCUAUCAUUCGUCCAGACGCCCUGCCCACCCUCGAGGCUGCUACAUCCAACACAGAUGCCUCCAUUACAGAACUUGGCAUAACCAUGACCUUCACUGGUCCCUCUGAACCUGUCUACCCGGGCCAGGUCUUUUCUUGGACCGUCUAUAUUGUGAACCGUGCCACAGAAAAGAAUUCUGCGCCUCCCCGCAAACUCGCCCUCGUUGCUAUUCCUAAGCGCCGGCGAAGCGAAGUUCGUAUGACACGGCCUCCCUCAGUAGGUGGUCGACGAAAUGGUGAAAAAGAUGUUGCCGAUGCGGUCACCGACGAAAAUGUACUCCAUGCAUUACAGAGGAACUCGUCCGUCGAGUCAACCGAUGUGGUUUGCUUAAGCGCUGAUACCCGUGUCGGUCCUCUUGCCCCAGGAGCUUGUCACGUAGUCGAGCUCCAAUUUCUCGCACUACAAGAAGGCGUUGUGAGCCUCGAGGCCAUGCGAGUUGUUGAUCUAGGGUCACAGGAGCAUGUCGAUAUCAGAGAUUUACCAACUAUGUUGGUAGAGCCAGCAGCGGCAUAA